AUGGCUCUGUUCAAGACCGCACUACUCGCUCUUGUAGCACUGUUCACCUCCUACACAUUCGCUGUGUCCCCUUUGGUCGUCAAAGGCGCCGAUUUUGUCAAUAGUGUGGACGGAACACGGUUUCAAAUCAUUGGUGUUGCUUACCAACCUGGCGGUUCUUCCGGCUUCGACCCUGGUUCGGGUAUUGACCCACUGAGCAACGGCACGGUCUGCCUCCGAGAUGCUGCCCUCAUGCAACGCCUGGGCGUCAAUGCCAUUCGUGUCUAUAACCUAGACCCUGAUUUGGACCACAGCGAGUGUGCCUCGAUCUUCAAUGCGGCGGGCAUCUACAUGAUCCUCGACGUCAACAGCCCUCUGCCGAACCAAUCUCUCAACCGAGGUGCUCCAUGGGAAUCAUACAACUCGGACUAUCUGCAGCGAGUCUUCCAGGUUCUAGAAGGCUUCAUGCACUUCAACAACACUUUGGGUUUCUUCAGUGGCAAUGAGGUUAUAAACGAAGAUUCUGUCCCUCAGGUCCCUGCCUACAUCCGAGCGGUGACAAGAGAUAUCAAGGAUUACAUCGCCGCCCAGGCCUCGCGUGACAUCCCUGUCGGCUAUUCAGCGGCUGACGUUCGUCCACUGCUGAUGGGCACUUUCAAUUACAUGUCAUGCGGGCUCGCCAAUGAGACCAGCUCAAAGAUCGACUUCUUCGGUCUCAACAGCUACUCCUGGUGCGGCGAUGCCACGUUCCAAACUUCCGGCUACGAUGUCUUGGUUGAGGAGUUCAGCAACACCACGAUCCCUAUCUUCUUCUCUGAAUAUGGGUGCAACAAUGUCUCGCCUCGGGUGUUCACCGAGGUGCCUGUUCUGUAUUCGGAGCAGAUGACUCCUGUAUUCUCUGGCGGUCUCAUCUACGAGUACAGCGAGGAGCCCAACAACUAUGGUCUGGUCAACCUCAAUGACAACGGCACCGUCUCCAUUCUUCGGGACUACGACAAUCUGCGCAAGCAGUAUGAUGCCUUGGAUGUUGCGUUGCUCGCGAGAGCGAAUGCGACCGCCACUUCCUUGACUGCGCCUGCUUGUGGUCACAGCCUUCUUGCAGGGACGAACUUCAGCAUGAGCUUUGACAUUCCUACUCGACCUAAUGGUGUUGACGAUCUUAUCAAGAAAGGGGUCUCCGGUAGCUACCCAACUGGAACUUCAUCGAUCACCAACACCAAACCUUCCCAGAUUGUCUAUGCGACCAACGGUCAACAACUCACUGGCCUGGAGUUGACUGUUCUAGCGAAUGAUGAGAGCAAUCUGCCCGGGAACAAUACUAGCGGCACUACACCAGAAACACCUUCAGGCACCGCCAGCACCACCGGCACUGCCAGCACCAGCAGCAGUAGCAGCUCACCCACCAACACCAAUGCUGCAGCUAAAGUUGACGACACCAAGUUCGGAUCUCUGAUCUUUGGUGCUCUCACUGUUGGCUUCUUGAUGCAGUGGUGA